AUGGGACCGGAAGGUAGCUCCGCCGCUUCGCCGGCGCCACCGAGCGCUAAACGAGGCAGAGAUCCGGAAGAUGGGGUUUACAUUGAUAAUCUCAACUCUCACAAGCGGUAUCUUAGUGAGAUCAUGGCUUCAAGUUUGAACGGGCUGACCAUUGGAGAUACACUGUCUGACAAUAUAAUGGAUUCUCCUGUAAGGUCUGAUACGAUGAUGCCGUAUCUUAGGGAUGAAACAUCUGUACAGUAUUCACCAAUGUCUGAAGAUUCAGAUGACUCGAGGUACUACGAGAGUUCUAACACCUGUUCUUCUCAGCCUGAGAGUGCUCCCACUAGCCCCGUAUCUCCUUAUAGAUGCCAAAAGCCCUUCGUGCCAAGACCUGCUACCACUUCAUAUCCUUCCCAUGAAUCCAUCGUUUCUUCUUCAGCUUCACCACAAUCUCGCCAGCGUGGUUCUGAUACCGAGGGUCGUUUCCCAUCAUCGCCCAGUGACAUAUACCACUCAGCUGACUUGGGACGGGCUCCUCUUUUACGAUCUGUCCAAAUGAGAGCGCAGACUUUAGGGUUGGCUCAAUUUGAAAUGCAGCUUAGUCCCGGACAAGAGUCCGGUAACAAUUUAGAAGUUGAGGAACGGCCGUGUUCCUACUUGAAGCUCGAAGUUGAUGAGAGGGGGGACUAUCCUAUCGCUGAAUCUACACCUUUGAGCAUGUCGGAGAGUGAAGACUUGUGGAGCUCUCGGCAUGGAUAUGAAGGAGGACGAAUCUGCUGGCGAAUGAAUGAAAACAAUGUUACCCAGUGGCACUUGGUGGUUGGCUUUUGA